AAACGACCCGAGGUCAAUUUGGCCACACUAAUUCGCAUAUUGAUUUUAUUUUCUUGAAAAUUAAAGAUUCCCAAUACGUACUCACUCGCUGCAAAGCCGAAGAAACCCUUAUAUUAGAUGCAAUUAGUGCCGAGGCGGACAUAAAUCCUCGACAUGGGUGACAACGAACAGAAGGCGCUCCAGCUGAUGGCCGAGGCGGAGAAGAAGCUGACCCAGCAGAAGGGCUUUCUGGGAUCGCUGUUCGGUGGCUCCAACAAGGUGGAGGAUGCCAUCGAGUGCUAUCAGCGGGCUGGCAAUAUGUUCAAGAUGUCCAAAAACUGGACAAAGGCCGGCGAAUGCUUCUGCGAGGCGGCCACACUCCAUGCCCGUGCUGGAAGUCGCCAUGAUGCCGGCACCUGCUACGUUGAUGCCUCCAAUUGCUACAAGAAGGUGGACGUGGAGAGUGCCUUCAAUUGUUUGAUGAAGUCCAUUGAUAUCUACACGGAUAUGGGACGCUUUACGAUGGCAGCGAAGCAUCACCAGAGCAUUGCCGAGAUGUACGAGAGUGAUCCCAAUACCUUGGCCAAGUCAAUACAGCAUUACGAACAGGCGGCUGAUUACUUCAAGGGCGAGGAAUCGGUCAGCUCGGCCAACAAGUGCAUGCUGAAGGUGGCCCAGUAUGCCGCCCAGCUGGAGGAUUACGAGAAAGCAAUAUCCAUAUACGAGCAGGUGGCCGCCUCGUCGCUGGAGAGCUCGUUGCUCAAGUACAGUGCCAAGGAGUACUUCUUCAGGGCCGCUCUCUGUCACCUGAGUGUGGACCUUCUGAAUGCCCAGCAUGCCAUCGAGAAGUACGCUCAGCAGUAUCCAGCAUUCCAGGACUCCAGGGAGUUCAAGCUCAUCAAGGUGUUGUGCGAGCAUCUCGAGGAACAGAAUAUCGAGGGAUUCACAGAGGCCGUCAAGGACUACGAUAGCAUCUCCCGGUUGGAUCAGUGGUACACCACCAUCUUGCUGAGAAUCAAGAAGGCUGCCGACGAGGACCCCGACCUGCGAUAAGCUAAUCAAUUACUUACACACUUUCCGAUAAAGAGACGCAUACACACAUUUAUUAAAUGCUUUAUUCGGUUCGGAUAUUAAUAUCUACCUAUAUAUAUACACAACUAAAUGAAGAUUAAUUAAAAACAUGUUGCAUUGCUAAGACCUGAGAGCACCCAUAGGACGACAGCCUGCUUAAUCGUGAGAAAUUGAAUUAUAAUCCGUGUUCCUCCCAAAUUCCUCUAUGCGACUCGCAGCCGUGCAACGAAUAAGAGGUUCGAUUGGAGUUUAGUUUCUUAGGAAUUGGAUGUUUAACACUGUUAUGUUUCUGUUUUUUUACUGUGUUACUCUUUCCCUCUUGUUAUUUGUGUAAGUAGCCAAAAAUAUUGAAUUAGCUGCUGUUUUUUAAUUUGGACGCGUAAACUAUCCCCUAGAAAUAUUGACUUAACCUUCAUUCUCCAAGUGUGUACUGUGUUGGAUCAUUUCGAGAUUUAUUAAUAACGAUUCGUCCCCCUCGUAGUGACUAUAAUUCCCCUAUAUACUGCACAGAGAAAAGUAAAAACACAACCUACGAAUAAUUAACUUAAUAUACAUAUGUCCAUGUAAGCAUUAACGAUUAACCCCUAUAAAUAUCCAACAAAAGGAAAACGAAAAGGAAUUCUUAUAAAUACUUGAGGGUCACAUUUAUAGAAAAUUCCAUCUCGCAACAAAAUUUUAACAAAUGUUUAGUAGAUCAACUUCCUAAGAACAUGUAUGUGAAAACAGUUAUAAUCCAAUAAAUAAAAUUACGACAGAGCUGGGGCCGAAACAAAGUCGGUGAAAUAUCAA